UUGUGCGAUACGCCCAGAGUACAGAACUCAGCUCGUCGACCCAUGCUCCCGAGCCUUUCUCCAACUUUGUCUUCAGCCCAUUCAGUAUAAUUCGAUUAGUUACCUCGACCUGACCGUUAGCUUGCGGAUGGGCCACGGAGGCAAAGUGUUGCCCGAUUUUCAUACUUUCACACCAUGCUCGAAUCCGCUUCCCAUUAAACUGAGUGCCGUUAUCGGAAAUCAACACUUUGGGUACACCAAAACGACAGCAAAUGUUGUUGUAUAUGAAUUUAAUUACUUUCUCUUCUCCUGCAACCUCCGCGGUUAUCACCAGAGCAUCGUUAUGCGGCAAGACCACCCCCUCGGCAUCCUCCGCUUUAAAACUUAUCACUGGCAUGCGGGCCGUAAUCCCCACCUCCUCUCUCUUCCUCUUCACCGCUCGAGCGUGCUCCUUCCUGGCCCUAUUCGAGUCACCAUCGGUUGGCCCACCGAAGAUCAUGUAAAUAGUUCCUCUCUUCAUCGGGGCCUCUCCUCCAUGUUCUCCCUUAUCAUCAUCUCUCCAUGGCUUCUUUCCUCGACCGCCUCGACCAUCUCCAUCCUCAUCUCUAUCGCUCCUUUCCUCCGAGUCUUCCCUACAUCUUCUCCUUCCUUUCCCCUUCACCCUAUCAUGAUAUACAAAUUCUUUCAAGUAACCUGCUCGAAUCAGCCUAUCGAUCUCAUCCUUCAGAUGUCUGCAAUUCUCCGUGGUGUGGCCAUAAUCUUUGUGAAAGCGGCAGUAAAUAUCCGACCUGGGUCGAAUUGGGCCUGUAAACCUCGUCUUUGGCCAA